CUGCUCUGACCCGCGCUCUCCCCAUGGCAGAUGCGGUUCAUGCUGCUCUUCAGCCGUCAGGGGAAGCUGCGGCUGCAGAAGUGGUACCUGGCCACCUCGGACAAGGAGAAGAAGAAGAUGGUGCGGGAGCUCAUGCAGGUGGUGCUCGCCCGCAAGCCCAAGAUGUGCAGCUUCCUCGAGUGGCGGGACCUCAAGGUGGUCUACAAAAGAUACGCCAGCCUGUACUUCUGCUGCGCCAUUGAAGGCCAGGACAAUGAGCUGAUCACGCUGGAGCUGAUCCACCGAUACGUGGAGCUGCUGGACAAAUACUUCGGCAGUGUGUGCGAGCUUGAUAUCAUCUUCAACUUCGAGAAGGCCUAUUUCAUUCUGGACGAGUUCCUCAUGGGCGGGGAGAUCCAAGACACCUCCAAGAAGAGCGUGCUGAAAGCCAUCGAGCAGGCUGACCUGCUGCAGGAGGAGGAUGAGUCACCCCGCAGCGUGCUGGAGGAGAUGGGGCUGGCGUAGCGAGCCGUUCGCCUGGCCUCCCCCGCUCGCCCUUCCUCCCCAGCCGCGUCGGACACCGCGGGCGCCACGUCCCCGGCGUCCUCGUCCCGUGGAGCAGCAGCCGGACGUGGGACCAAUUCGCCCUGGAGCCGACGGGGGGGGUGAGCCCCAUGAACUGUGUGUAAAUAUAUAGAUAUACACCCCUCGGGGAGCCCACGGGACCCUGCCAGAGCCCCCCACCCCCGGCGUUCUCCUUCCUGCCGAUGGCCACUAAGAGCGGGGAGCAUGGGGAGAGGGGCCGGCUGGGCGGGGGGACUGUGCAGAGAGAUCCCCCUGCACAGUGAUCCUGCCGCCGGCCGGAGCGAUCGCCACACCACAGCUGGGUACCGCCGGGCAGGGGGCUACAGCCAAUCCCAGGGUCCCAUUUCCCCCGGCAUCUCCGUGGGCGGGGCACUCAGGGCGUGGGGAGCGCGUGCCCCCCCCCUUGGGGAACCGGGGUCCCCCCUUUGGAAUAAAGUGUGUGUGGAGAA